AUGGGUUGGAAACACAUCGUUGCAGCCGCCAACUGCCUCAGCCUUGCGGCCGCUCAUCCCUCGCCGGUUAUCGAACGAAGAGAUUUCAUCGGAAGCGUUGUCUCAGGCCUAGGAGCAGAUGCAACGAACGUCGCCAAAGUCGCAUCAGCCUUUCUGGAUGGCGUCGAAGCCACCGUACCAACUGCAACAAUCUCAACCUUCCCGCAAGCAACCUCCGCCCUCACCAACGUCUUCACAAAAGGAAGAAACUUCCUCGAUACAAUCCCUUCCCUCAUCGAAGCCGGAUUCGACCCCAACGACAUCCCUUCGAUCAUCGAAGGCUACUCCCCGGCCGACAACUCCAUCAACAACAUUGACCCACCACCAAACAAGAAAAUCUACCCAGAGUCCUCCCCUUCUGACCCAGCCUACUCCCUCCCAGAGUCCACCCUCCUCGGCAGCAUCCACAUCCCCAACACCUUCACCUACGGCACCAAACCCCCCGUCAUCCUCUUCCCCGGUACCGGAGUCCCCGGCGGAAUAACCUUCGCAUACACCUACGCCCGCCUCUUGGCUAAACUCCCCUACGCCGACCCCCUCUGGCUCAACAUCCCCGAUUCCAGCCUCAACGACGCCCAGCUCACCGCCGAGCACGCCGCCUACGCCAUCAACUACAUCGCAUCCCUCACCUCCCACAACGUAACAAUCAUAACCUUCUCCCAAGGCUCCCUCAACCUCCAAUGGGCACUCACAUUCUUCCCCUCCACCCGCCCCUUAACGAACCAACUCAUCGCCCUCUCCCCCGACUACCACGGCACCGUCAACGCCGCGCUCAUCUGUCCGACCUUCCCAAACCUCGGCUGCACGCCCUCUGUCCUACAACAAUUCCCCUCCUCAAACUUCAUCUCCACCCUCUUCGCCCACGGCGGAGCCUCGGCAUACAUCCCCACGACCUCCAUCCGCUCCGCCACAGACCAGAUCGUACAGCCGCAAACCGGCCCAAACCCCUCCGGCGUCCUGCAAGAUGAACGAAAUGUCGGCGUGACGAAUUACCUCGUGCAGGAGGUCUGUCCUGCUUCGCCCGCGGGGACUCUGGUCACGCACGAAGGGAUUCUGUAUAACUCCAUCGCGUACGCACUCACGCUCGAUGCUCUGCAGCACGGACGCCCCGCGCAGCUCAGUCGAGUGGAAGAUCUAGGCAAAAUCUGCGCGGAGAUCGUAGCGGAGGGGAUGAGUCUGGCAGAUCUUGUAGCUACCGAAGGAUCGUUCGCGGUGUUCUUUGGGAAUUUCCUGGCGUAUACGCCGCGGACGAGUGUAGAGCCGAAGGUGAUGGGGUAUGCUGUUUGA